GUUUUGAUACUUUCCCUCCUAGCUGCUUCUGCACCAGGAUGACUCGAAGACCAGUAUCUUCCUGUCUACCUUCUGAUUGGCUGAAGCAGGAAGUCAGAGCUUUGGAUAAAUCAAGUUUGAAUAAAGACAGGUCUAUUUUAAGAGAUGAGUAAUGGGGGAGGAGUGUCACUGGUGCACACGAAAUCAUGCAGCCUUUCAGAAGACGCACUGGCUCUGCUUGAAAGUCUGCCAGGUCUAUUUCGUAGAACAGAUGGCAAAUUUUUAAGUGAGUAUGUUUUUCGAGAACAAUCACAUGCUCUGACUGUUUUACAUGGCCUCAAUGAACAGAGAAAAUCAAACACGCUUUGUGAUGUCAUAAUCUGUGUGGAGGGAGAAAAAUUUCCGUGCCACAGGAAUAUUCUGGCUGCUUGCAGUCCAUAUUUUUUGGCUAUGUUUACAGGGGAAAUGAAGGAAAGUAGAGAGAAAGAGAUAAAAAUAGAUGGCAUGUCUCCAGACAUAAUGAAACAACUGGUGGACUUUGCCUAUACAGCAGACAUUUCAAUUACACAGGAGAAUGCCCAACAGCUUCUGUCUGCUGCCAACCUGGUCCAAAUCCAUACUAUCAUACAAGCUUGUUGUAACUUUUUAGAGGGAGAAAUGGACCCUAGCAACUGUUUGGGAAUCCACUGCUUUGCAGAGGCACAUGUCUGUGAUGAACUGAGUGAAAAGGCGAGACAGUAUGUCAUUCAGCACUUUACUCAAGUGGCCAAGCAAGAAGAGAUUCUGUUGCUUCCAAAAGAAAAACUCAUUGAAUUUAUAAGUCAGAACGACUUGAAUGUUGGUUCAGAGGAAGUUGUGUUUGAUGCUAUUCUGAGAUGGGUGAAACACGAUCCCAAGCACAGGAUUCCCCAGCUAGCAGACGUGCUGCAGUAUGUCCGUCUGCCACUUGUCAGUCCCUACUAUCUGUUUGACAAAGUGGACUCUGAACAUCUUUUAAUGUCAGCACCAGGCUGCAGGCCCUUCCUGGAUGAGGCAAUGAAAUAUCACAUCCUCAAGGAUAGGAGAAUGGAGAUGUUGUCACCAAGAAUGAUACCAAGACAGUGUAUGGCUGUAGAGUCAGUGGUUUACAUUACUGGGGGUGAAAUCUACAACAAGAACUAUUUGAACUGUGUGGAAGGAUACAAUCUAGAGGGAGGUACUUGGGUCAAGUUGAAGGAUUUGCCUUUCUCCCGUUGUCAUCACUGCGCUGUUGUUUCUGAGGAUAUGCAUAUGUAUAUAGCUGGAGGAUACAACAAAGAGAAUGUGGUGGUGAACAAUGUGAUGAGAUAUGAGCGAUACCUGGACAAGUGGAUUAAGGUAGCCUCAAUGAACACACCUAGAGCAAAGCUAGGAAUGGCCACCUUGGAUGGCUAUAUUUAUGCUAUUGGAGGAUAUGAUGGAACCUCCAACCUUGGCACAGUGGAGAAAUACUGUCCACAGACAAACAGAUGGACAUAUGUCUCACCCUUAUCAACACCUGUUGCCAGAAUUAUGGCUACAUCUCUCAAUGGAUGUCUUUAUGCUGCAGGUGGGAAAGCUGACCCCUCUGAUCAUUGUGUGAAUACUUUCCAAAGAUACAAUCCCAUACAUGAUUUCUGGGAGCAGCUAUGCCACAUGCCUACUCCAAGAGCUGUAAGUGGUCUGUUAUCUGUGAAGGGGACACUGUAUGCUGUAGGAGGAAUCCUGGAGAACUCCUAUGCUUCCAGAGAUCUGGUGUCCUAUAACAUCGAAAGAGACACAUGGACCUUGCUGCCUCAGAUGAAAGAAGUCAGAUAUGAUCCAGGUGUUACUACCAUUGGAAGCAAGAUCUAUGUGUUAAGUGGCCAUGAUGGGGAGAAUUCCUUCUUCUCUAGUAUUGAGGUGUAUGAUACAGAAACAAACAGAUGGUCAGAACUACCCAUUCUGACUCUUCCGUAUGGGAGGUGCAGAUUUACAUGUGUUGCCAUGGACACUAAACAAGCAUGAAACAAUUUUUUAUGGGAAAAUUUUUCAGAGACAGAGUGUACAUAUGUUCAUUUUUCUUGGAAAAUCUACUGUGUUAAAGCAAUUGUGUUAAUAAAUUAUAUUUUAUGAAUUACAUCAUUGUUUAUGAGCAUUUAUUUAUUUUCAUAAGACUUUGAAGUAAAGUCUUUUUUUACCUCCAGCAAAGAGAGGUGAGAUUUUUUUCUGCUUUUGUUAAAUUUCUUUUAUAUUCUUAUUCAGUGUUAUAUUUGUAGUUGUAUUUAGAUAUUUAGAAGCUUUUUAUAUACAUGUAAUAUAUAUAGUUCUAUUGUACAUAUGUUUUUAAGUGACUGUAUCAAAGGACAAGAGUAUGUGCAAAGUAUUAAAACUGUGAUAUAAGUGUGUGUAAUACUGCAGUGAAGUGUCUUGUUGUGUCUUCAAAUCAUACAAAACUUAAGUAUGAGUAUAAACCUGUGCCCUAAUGAGAGGUACAUUGUGUGAUGUAUGUAGAUAAUUUUUUAAUAUAGAUUUGUGGGGUUAUUUUGGUAUGAAUAGUUGUUAUUUAACAAUAUUGCAGUUUGUUUACAUCACAGAUUCUAAUUAAGGAUUGAAAAAACAUUAAUUUAGACUUAAUAUCUACUAGAAUUUUUAAAUUUAUCAUAGUUUAUGAAUCCAGAAGUAAGGUUCAUUGACUACUUAACUGUAUUGUAAUGCAAACAACUGUGCUGUGAAAGAAUUAUCAGACUUUUGGGCAUGCGCAUGCACCACACAUAGGACUAUAGUAUUGAAUGUAACCCUGCACUCUAUUAUGUACCUCUCAUACUGUAUGAAUGUGAUCUGUGAUACAAAAUGAUAAUACAGUAUGUAACUAUUGUUUUUUGUGAAAACUUUUAUUGAAAUAUGUGAACUUGUAUGUAUUCGUUUAAUCAGUUCUAAGUUUUCAUGUGUUAAGAUUCAUCUUUUUUUGUCACAAUUUCCAGUGCUCUUUGUAUAACACAAGAAUAUGUGAAUAUAUAGGUACAUGUAAAUAAAUCCAUUAUUGUUGUU